GUGCACAUGGUCAGAUCAAGACAAGCAUCAUGACGACCACGGUGACUCUGGAGGAUGCUCUCUCCAACGUGGAUCUGCUGGAGGAGCUGCCGCUGCCGGACCAGCAGCCCUGCAUCGAGCCGCUGCCGGCAUCCAUCAUGUUCCAGCCGAACUUCAACACCAACUUUGAGGAUCGGAAUGCGUUCGUCACCGGCAUCGCCCGAUACAUCGAGCAGGCCACCGUUCACUCCAGCAUGAACGUGAUGCUGGAGGAGGGGGAGGGGUACGCCAUCAUGCUGUACACCUGGAGGAGCUGCUCUCGAGCCAUCCCUCAGGUGAAAUGCAACGAGCAGCCGAACAGGGUGGAGAUCUACGAGAAGACGGUGGAGGUGCUGGAGCCCGAGGUCACCAAGCUGAUGAACUUCAUGUACUUCCAGCGCACGGCCAUCGAUCGUUUCUGCGGAGAGGUGCGGCGCCUCUGCCACCAGGAGCGCAGGAAGGACUUUGUCUCCGAGGCGUACCUGCUGACGCUCGGGAAGUUCAUCAACAUGUUCGCCGUGCUCGACGAGCUGAAGAACAUGAAGUGCAGCGUGAAGAACGACCACUCCGCCUACAAACGAGCUGCUCAGUUCCUCAGAAAGAUGUCUGAGCCUUCCUCCAUCCAGGAGUCUCAGAACCUGUCCAUGUUCCUGGCAAACCACAACAAAAUCACUCAGAUUGUUCUCACCCUGCGCCUCGAUGACAGAGUUGAUGAAGAGGAUGAGGGGGAUGUGUUCCCCCGCGGCCGCGUGAUGAAGAGGAGUCGCUCCACACUCAUCUUUCUCACUCAGGACCUCAGGGCUCUUCCUCACCAGGUUCUCCAGCAGCGACAUUCAGUAUUUUCCCAACACAUAUUUACCUAUAUCCCCUCUCUGCUCCGCCUCCAGGUGAUGGGGUUCGGUCUGUACCUGAUGGACGGAAACAGCAGCAACAUCUACAAACUGGACGCCAAGAAGAGGAUCAACCUGACCAAGAUCGACAAGUUCUUCAAGCAACUUCAGGUGGUGCCUCUAUUCGGGGACAUGCAGAUCGAGUUGUCCCGCUACAUCAAGACCAGCGCUCACUUUGAGGAGAACAAAUCCAGGUGGACGUGCACGUCUAUCUCCAGCAGCCCUCAGUACAACAUCUGUGAGCAGAUGAUCCAGAUCAGAGAGGAUCACAUGCGCUUCAUCUCAGAGCUCGCCCGCUACAGCAACAGCGAGGUGGUGACGGGCUCGGGGCGUCAGGAGUCCCAGAAGACGGACUCUGAGUACAGUAAGCUGUUCGACCUGUCUCUGCAGGGCAUCCAGCUGCUGUCCCAGUGGAGCGGGCACGUCAUGGAAGUGUACUCCUGGAAGCUCGUCCAUCCCACCGAUAAAUACUCCAACAAGGAGUGUCCCGACAACGCAGAGGAGUACGAGAGAGCCACGAGGUACAACUACAGCUGCGAGGAGAAGUUCGCUCUGGUGGAGGUGAUGGCGAUGAUCAAGGGUCUGCAGGUGCUGAUGGGCCGGAUGGAGAGUGUGUUCAAUCACGCCAUCCGACACACCAUCUACUCCAUGCUGCAGGACUUCUCUCAGGUGACGCUGCGAGAGCCGCUGCGGCAUGCCAUCAAGAAGAAGAAGAACGUCAUCCAGAGCGUCCUGCAGGCCAUCAGGAAGACGGUGUGUGACUGGGAGGCGGGCCGCGAGCCGCACAACGACCCGGCUCUGCGCGGAGAGAAAGAUCCAAAGGGAGGCUUCGACAUCAAGGUCCCCCGCAGAGCAGUGGGCCCCUCCAGCACCCAGCUCUACAUGGUGAGGACUAUGCUGGAGUCUCUGAUCGCGGAUAAAAGCGGCUCCAAGAAGACGCUGCGCAGCGGGCUGGAUGGCCCCACCAUCCUGGACAUCGAGAGGUUCCACCGCGAGUCGUUCUUCUUCACACACCUGCUCAACUUCAGCGAGACCCUUCAGAUGUGCUGCGAUCUCUCCCAGCUCUGGUUCAGGGAGUUCUUCCUGGAGCUCACCAUGGGCCGCAGGAUCCAGUUCCCCAUCGAGAUGUCCAUGCCCUGGAUCCUCACCGACCACAUCCUGGAGACCAAGGAGGCGUCCAUGAUGGAGUAUGUGCUGUAUCCUCUGGAUCUGUACAACGACAGCGCCAACUACGCUCUGACCAAAUUCAAGAAGCAGUUCCUCUACGACGAAAUCGAGGCCGAGGUGAACCUGUGCUUCGAUCAGUUCGUCUACAAACUGGCUGAUCAGAUAUUUGCGUACUACAAGAUCCUAGCAGGAAGUCUCCUGCUGGACAAACGUCUGAGGUCCGACUGUAAGAACCAGGGAGCGAACAUCCCCUGGCCGGCCUCCAACCGCUACGAGACGCUUCUGAAGCAACGCCACGUCCAGCUCCUCGGCCGCUCCAUUGAUCUGAACAGACUGAUCACUCAGAGGAUCUCCGCCGCUCUCUACAAAUCUCUGGAGCUCGCCAUCAACCGCUUCGAGAGCGAGGACCUCACCUCCAUCAUGGAGCUGGAAGGUCUCCUGGACAUCAACCGCAUGACGCACAAGCUGCUCAGUAAGUUCCUGACUCUGGACAGCAUGGACGCCAUGUUCCGCGAGGCCAACCACAACGUGUCGGCGCCGUACGGACGCAUCACGCUGCACGUCUUCUGGGAGCUCAACUACGACUUCCUGCCCAACUACUGCUACAACGGAUCCACCAACAGGUUCGUGCGCACCGUGCUGCCGUUCUCUCAGGAGUUUCAGAGGGACAAGCCGCCCAACGCUCAGCCUCAGUACCUGUACGGCUCCAAGACCUUGAAUCUGGCGUACAGCAGCAUCUUCAGCACUUACAGGAACUUUGUGGGCCCCCCCCACAUUAAGGUGAUGUGCAGGCUGCUGGGCUACCAGGGCAUCGCCGUGGUGAUGGAGGAGCUGCUGAAGGUGGUGAAGAGCCUGCUGCAGGGCACCAUCAUGCAGUAUGUGAAGACUCUGAUGGAGGUGAUGCCCAAGAUCUGCAGACUCCCCCGCCACGAGUACGGAUCCCCAGGGCUGUAA